AUGUCGGAGAUCGUGCGCCUUCUCGUCCCGCUGGCGAUGCUGGCGGCGUCUGCCCACCAGACGGACGUGAAGAGCGUCAAAGAGGCGGACAAAACCGGGAAUUUCAUGGAAGACGAGCAGUGGCUGUCCACCAUUUCACAGUACAGCCGCAAGAUCAAGCACUGGAAUCGCUUCAGAGAUGAUGACUAUGUACGCACCUGGGAUGAAAAUCAGGGCUCUAAUGACAAUGUAGACACCACGAAGGACCCUUGUCAAAAGGUUAAGUGCAGCCAACACAAAGUGUGUAUUGCCCAGGGCUACCAGAGAGCUGUGUGUGUCAAUCGCAAGAAGCUUGAACACAGACUGAAGCAGCCGGCUCUUCGGUCUCCUGAUGGAAACUGUCAGCCCUGUCCCAUCUCUUCCACUGGGCCCGUGUGUGGAUCAGAUGGACACAACUAUGCCUCAAAGUGCAAGCUGGAGCAGCAAGCAUGUCUCACAGGAAAGGAGCUCACCCUGAAGUGUUCGGGCCUGUGUCCUUGUCCCACUGCAGUCCCCACAGCAAAGGAGAGUAAACAUGAGACCUGCACUGGGCAGGAUCUGUCUGAUCUCGGGGAACGUCUGAGGGAUUGGUUCCAGCUACUGCAGAGCAACGCCAAGCAGAACAACAACAGCAAGCCCGGGGCCAGAGCCACUGCAGUCAGCAGCACAUCAGUACUGGACAGGAGUCUGGUGGCCAGCUGUAAGGACUCCAUAGGCUGGAUGUUCUCCAAGCUCGACACCAAUAACGACCUGUACUUGGAUCAGGCUGAGCUGGCCGCCAUCAACCUGGACAAGUAUGAGGUCUGCAUCCGUCCAUUUUUCAACUCCUGUGAUUCCUACAGGGACGGCAAAGUCUCCACAGCCGAAUGGUGCCUCUGCUUCUGGAGAGAGAAGCCUCCCUGCCUGGCCGAACUAGAGCGGAUCCAAGUACUGGAUGGUGGGAAGAGAAGGUUUGGUCGAUUCAUUCCCAGCUGCAAUGAAGAUGGCUACUACAGAAAGCAGCAGUGCGACAGGGGCGAGUGCUGGUGUGUCGACCCAAACGGGGGAGAAGUAGCUGGCUCUAGGAUUCGUGGCAAGCCAGAUUGUGAUUAUGAGAUGUCAUAUUCGGGAGAUUUUGGCAGCGGGGUUGGAUGGGAAGAUGAGGAGGAAAAAGAAGCUGAAGAGACUGCAGAAGAGGCUGAAGAGGAAGAGGGGGAGGUGGGAGAGGUGGAUGAUGGAGGAUAUAUCUGGUAAAGGACCAUCAUGCAGUAGAAGCAUCUCAGUUGUCACAAAUACAUACACACACACACACACACACACAAGUCCUGCAGGCAGAUGAAUGUGAUGAAGCCCUCACACUCAGAACAACACUGGCUUUGGAAAACCUUUGGGAGAGGUUUGAGUGGAACGGGAGAGAUUAUUAUGGGAGUAUUUAAUGUUACAGGAAGUUCUUAAAUUGGGCAAGGGAGGGGAAUAUAUCAUAAAUUUAAAAAAAAAAUGUGGGUCUAGAGUUGAGAUUUUUGUCCUUCAUACUUGUGAAUCUUUGUUCUCUUUUGUUGUGUCCUUUAAGCUAUCUUUGAGCAGUUUUUAGCUGGUACAUAAUGGAGACUUUAAGAAGCUGCAGAUGCACGUCAUGCGCUCGAACAAAAAAACUGAGCUUGUUUGGGUGCAUUUCAAUAUUCACAUUGGUUUAGUUUGUGUCUCAUUUUUUGUAGAUAAACAAAAUGUAAGUAACCAGUUUUGGCUCAAGGCAGAACACUGCCAAAAAAACAGAGGAGGCCCCUUUUAUUAUAUUGAAAUGCACCCUUUUGACUUCAAUGUCUUCAUGUCAUGUGCUUCGGCUCAUAUGUGACAGUAGUGCUCUGUCCCAUUCAUGACUUAUUAGGAAGCCGUUUCUCACGCAUCACUCUUUAGCUUGUAUAUAAUGUGUGUAUCAGAAGGCAGAAAGUACCAAACUAGUCAAUGCAUUGAAAGAGUAGCAGAUUAUACUGCUUUGCUGGCAAGUGUACAUCGUCUUAUAAUGUGGAUCAAUUAUUGUGUUUAAUAAAAAAACAAACAAAAUAAACUCAUCUUUGUGGCCCAGUUGGCCACUCUUCAUCUGCAUCUGUGCUCUUCUUUUCAGUGGAUAUCAGGUUUAAGCAGCCAUCGUGGUCAUCAGACUGUGGUGUUAGCUGAGCUGAAAUACCGGCAUAAUCUUUUUAGAUCCAGCAACACAUGUUGGUCACUUUUAUCUAUAUUAGUGGUGUGAAAAGUCUAUAGCUGAUGUCAAGAAUGGGAUCUCUAUCCUGACUUUUUGUAAUUUAGUUCUUCGGUGUCGUUGGUGCUGUUUUUCAAGUCAGCUCGCGUGACGACACGCUGUCAAUCCUCAUGUUUUUCUUUUUUGGUUACAAUAGCUCCCAUGUCUGCACAAUGCCCCCUGCUACUCCACAUGCCCUGCAGUUAACACUGUCGGAGACUGAUUGUCUGUACCUGUGAGGAUUCUAUUAAAGGUUCUGCUCGGUGUCCCACAGUGUGUAACUCUAGUUCCAUCUUUACAGAAUAUUUCACAUACAAUGUAACCCAUGAACCAGGUGUAUCUUCUUGGUUUACAAUGCACAUUGAACAACGUAACAAUGUAAAGUUCUGCUGAUAUUAACAUGAGAGCUAAUCCUGCCCCGUUUUCAGCUGCCUACCUGGAAAUCGAGGACAAACAUUGUAUUUUACAGUGUGCUUCUUUUUGCCGCUCUGUUUAAGAAGCUAUUAUUUCCACCACAUAAAUCUCCUCACCGUAUGACCUGUUCUCCCUGGAGCAGCUUGUACUGUCACAGAUUGUAUUGUCAGCUUUGGGCUGUGGAAAAGUAGCAGAAAUAAGAUACACACGUCUGCAUAUUACCACCUCUUACAGCACAAUACAU